AUGAAUUGCCAUACAGUUUCUUUUUUCUUUCUUUCUCGCUUUUCUUUCUUUCUUUCGCGUUUGCCUAUUAUUUCUCGCUUGUCUUUCUUUCCUUUCUCUCUCUCUUUUCUUUCUUUCCUUUCUUUUUUCUUUCUUUCUUUUUUCUUUCUUUCUUUCGCAUUUUCUUAUUCUUUCUUCCUCGAUUUUCUUUCUUUUUUCUGUUCUUUCUAUUCUCGCUUUUCUUUAUUUUCUUCUCUCUUUCUUUUUUUCGUUCUUUCUUUCUUUCAAAUUUUCUUAUUCUUUCUUUCUUCCUUUCCGUCUUUCUUUCUUCCAUUCUUUCUUUCUCUGCAUCUCCUAAAGUCAUAUAUUCACUUUCUUUCUUUUUCUUUCUUUUUUUCUUCUUUCAUUCUUUCUUUCUUUCUUUGUUUCUUUCAUUCUUUCUUUCUUUCUUCCUUUUUCUGUCUUUUUUCUUUCUCUCUUUCUUUCUUUCUUUCUUUCUAUUUUCUUACAUAUUCUGAUAUAAUCACUUCUUUUAUCUUGUUCUUUCUAUCUCUCCAUUCAGUUUUCUUUCUUUCUUUCUUUCUUUCUUUCUUUCUUUCUUUCUUUCUAGUCAAACACAUAAUCUCUUUUCGUUUUUUUCGUUUCUUUCCUUUUCAGCUUCUACCAUUUCACCGGAUCUUCGCGUCUUCGAUUCUUCUAAUCAUUCUUAGCCCAACUGCGAAUACCGAAAUGAUCGGUUACCUUCCGCUGCCCACCGUGGGUGGGAUUAUCAUCUCUCUGUCUGUGGGCACAGGUGCAGCUGCGGAAAAAUAA